CGAUCGAGUGACCAUAUCGAUCUCUCUCCUCUUUGUUCGAUCGAUCAGCCAUGGCGCUUAGCUUCAAGAUGCUGGCCACCUCCCUCGUCGUCGCCGUCCUCCUCUUGGGCACCCCACAAGCUCGAGUAAUUUGCGCAUUGGAGGACGAUGAGGUGACGCCGAACGACGACAUGGUGCCGGAGCAGACGAAGCCGGCGGAGCAGGUGGUGGUGGCGAUCCCCGGCGGCGCCGGCACAAUAUUGGCGGGGUCGUCCAUCUGCCUGCAGUGCCGGUGCUGCUCCAAGUCGAGCCCUGGGACAUGCCAGACGACCACCUGCUCCUCCAGCUUCAAGUGCGAUCCCAGCGGCAAGUGCAAACUCGUGCAGGACAAAUGCGGCUGCGGCGGCGCCAAAUAGUCGGCCGGUCGCCGGCCGUCUAAUUGACCGGCAUGCAUGCAUCGGAUCGAUCGAUCGAUAUAUGGGAGUUUUAGGAUUUUGGCUAGCUAUAAUGAUCUUGGAUUGAACAUGCAGUCGACCAGUGCAGGGCACGAGUAGGAAUUGUCAAACUCCUUGUGUCUUUGUUCUA